AUGUCUAGCUCAAACGAUUAUGGGAUUUCUGUCCUUCAUCAAUGGUUUUUACACACACCAGCAAAGGCUAGUGGACCACAUGUCAAAUCUAACACCAAGGUUUCUAUCAUCCUUAUUAUGAUAUAUGAGGAAUUUUUGAACAUCGUCAAGUGGAAAAAACAGGCAAAGGAAGAGCCGCUGCUGGCAUCAACUUCAGACCAGGCCUUUAACACUUUGUUUUUGGUGCUGAAUGACAGAGUUGGCAAGAAGAAAAAAAGGCCAGCUAAUAUUGGAGACUCAGAAGAUUUUCCUUCAGGUGCUAAACUAUUUCAUUCUGAAACAAGCUAUAGGGUAGUUCCCUCCCAGCACAUUUUUGCAAAACCUAGCAAAGCUCCACCUACUGCUCUAGUAUCAAAAAAGACUGUUUCCAAGUCUACUUCAGAGCACCUAGGUGUCCAAGGUUCAGUUGCAGCAUCUAUUCAGAAUGGUGCUUGCUCUUGGCAAGCUGCAUCAAAAUCCCAUGAACUUUUGGAAACCACUUAUCCUGUAAACUCUCGGCCUGCUAGCAGUUCUGCUGGUGUGGCAGAGCCUGAUACCAAGCAGGCUGUAACACAGUGCUCUUUCCAAAUUCCUGAUCCUAACAAGGAUGCCCUUGUUUUAGCUUGCAAUCUAGUGGCAAAGCGGGCUUUCCAUAGGGAGUGUAUAGGAAAUGGCGGCUUCAAGUUACAUUGCCUAGCUCUGAAAGAUAAUCUCGAAGCCCUUGCUCAAGAGGUGAACUGUUUAUACUGGGCCAAUGGACUCAUGGACUUGGCUUAUGGUUUUAUCAAUGACAGUUUGCAGAAGCCUGGUGUUUAUCUCAGGGGCCCACUUCCUUGUUUACGCAUGGUUCAUGCUGCUCUAGCUAUGCCUCAGGGAGAGACAAAAGAGGCAUACUUGCUGGAGGAGCACAUAGAUGAUCCUUUUGUAAAUCUUUCUGCUGUGCAACACAUCCAAUAUAACUGCACAGGGGGGCAGGCCAUACUGACAGACUUUCAAGGCAGUGGUGAUCUCCUGCCAGAUCCUCAGGUUUUAACUGCCCAUGAGUUAUUUGGGCUGCCUUAUGCUGCUGUGAUUUCCAUCAGUGCAAUGUCUACUGCUGAAGGUUUUGGCUUGAGCCGCUUGUGCAAAAGCCAUCUAGAAAAACUGUUUUUGGCAUCCUCUAGCCAGUCAUUUGCAAUGGGUCCUAACUCAAACAUAUGGGCAUUUUGA